AUGGGCCGUGCAAAAGGACAAAAGGGGAAAGCCAACAAGGCGGAAGCCAUAGAUGCGCGCCCCGAUGAGGACGUUGCUGUAGCAGACGGCACACGCGCUGCGUCCCCCUCUUUGGACGCUGCAGCGCCGGCGAUAGCGUCCGAGGAUGCACCGCCAUCGGAUCCAGGUCCUGCGCCGUUGGAGGGCGCAGCCUUUGCUGCCGAUACAGAUCCCACAGACGAAGCGCUGCUUCCUGCGGUGUACGACGCAGUAUUGGAUGGGGUGCCCACGUCGCAAAAUUUGCAAUCGCCCGUCAAGCACCGCUCCACAGCACGCUUCCUCGAGAACCUUUCUCCGACAGAGCGUGUGCACGACUUGCAAAACCAAGUUGUGGGCCUGAAUGCCAAGCUUGUUACUUCCUACAACCGCAUCAGCGAUUUGGAAGACGCGCUUUCUCUAGCCCACAGCCACAUUCUGAAGCAUACCACACAUAUUGCCGAGCUCAGUAAGGAACGCGAGCACCAUUUGUUCGCUUUGAAUACGGGUUUGCUGGUCGAGAAAGCGCACGUCACCUCGGAAAUGCAGCGCAUGAUGGACCGCGUUGUGGACGAAACGCAGCAGCGCGGCAAGGCCGAGAGCGACAAGACGCGUAUCGAGGCGGAGCUUGAGGAGCUGAGCGCGUCGCUGUUCAACGAGGCGAACAAAAUGGUUGCUGUAGAGCGCCUUGCGCGCGCCAAAGCAGAAUCGAAGUGCGAUCAGGUUGAAGAGAGUCUGCGCGAUACAGAGCGCAUUAUGGCAGAGCAACAGAUCAUGCUAAAGAACCUGCAAGCGGAAGUGCAGUCGAUCUGCCCAGGCGGAGAACAACACGUUGCGAUGAAUGCACUGACGCUAUCAGACUCGAUGUCUACGCAGCAUACCGAACUGCAGCCAAUAUUGAACCAUGCGUACAGUGUCAAUAUCCUGCCGUUCUAUGAAUUUAUCGCGUUUGUGGACUACUUGCGUGCACAACACAGCCAAGUAAGCCAGUACCAUGCGAUGCACCGAAAUGGCAGCGACUGGACACUCGAUCCGUCUGCAGUGCCGCACUUGGGCGUCUCGCUGGGCGGUGUAGUCACGCCAUCGUUGACGGGACACGCCGGUGUCGUGCGCCACAGAGACUAUCCGUACCUGCCUUCGACUGCCGAACAGCUUGUGCAGUUAUCGAGCCAGACAUCGUUGCCUUUUGUGCGCCGCGCACAAGAAGAGGACAGCGAUCCCUGUAUUCGUUUGAGCCAAGCGCCUGGCCUGAAUUGGCUCUCGCGGCGCCAGACUGGGAACGCUGUCUUGGACGGGAGUCUGGUCAUUGAGCCACUGUUUGCUGGAGGCAACGUAGUCGACGCCGAGCGUCUCUACCAGGAAUAUGGCCACUUGCCCCCGGCCACUUGUGCGCUCUGUGGCACGGAUAUGCUGGAUAUUGGGGCCUUGCUCCCAGGCGCACAGCCUCUUCCUGAGCAAGACAUGCAGCGCUCUUCGUCGGGGCGUCGCAGCUUACCGUCCUUCUUUCACUCUUUCCGGCGCAGUGUCGCCAGCGCUGACCGUAGUAGCUUGUCAAUACCUAUGGGCCAUGCUUCUGAAAGCGACGAGGACUUGUCGCGUGCAGGAUCGCCGCGCACGGCAGCAAACAAGUUGCCGAUCCCCACGCACUACUUUUGCAUUUCGGGCCAUGCAUCGAACAAGUACAUGAUAUGUCCGCACUAUUGUUUGCAGCGACUGCGUGCGGCGUGUGGCUUUUGGUCGUUUAUACGUACGCUGGAACGCACGAUCGUGCUGGAGGGCAAGAUGCGGCCAGAUGUGGUUGGUGCGACGCGUAUUGUGCGUGCGAAAGUGCUCAUGGGGUUGGAGGACGAAGGGCCUAUGGGUGAGAGGCCCGAUGGCAUAGUAGACGCCGAGCAGAUUGAGGCAGGCGUCGAAGCGGCGCAUAAGGCAGAGGCAGCAGCGGAGAGGGCGCGCGCUGCGGAGGAUGCGGAGCAGGAAGAUGUAUUUGAGGAUGCAGAAGAGGAGGAAAAGAAGAGGAAGGAAGGAGAGGAGGCGCUGGGUGCGGAAGACAAUAGUCUCGACACGGAAGCUGCUGCUGCUGAGGCUGCCGACGCACAUGGUGCCGAGAAUGCCCAGCAAGAAACAGUCUCCGCGCAGGACACAGUUUCUCCAGCAGACAAAGCACACGCGGCCCCUCUCGACAAGCCGCCGCCUUUGCCGAAGCGCGAGACGCCCAUGCUGCCGCCACAACCUCCGCACGCAUCCAAGACCGCACCGCCUUCACUCCAUGCACAAGAGCGUGAUCUGGAAUGGGAAGAAAAUUUGUGGAAAGAAGUGAUGCACCUGAAAGAGGCCAUGUGGAAAGCGCGUGUAGGUUUGCAGCACAUCGCAGCGUAG